AUGAUAGCCCUAGACAUAAACCAAAUUUACUUCCAAGUGACAGAUCAAAGUAAUGUAGAUUUAUUACAAUUGAACGAUAGAUCUAAACCGAAAACGUGUUUCAACAGAAUGACUGAAUUUGUCAAUCUGAUUGCUAGUUUAAUAUUAAUAUGUGGAUAUGGACAAUACCUUAUCAACGAAGUGAAUCAAGGCGAGAAAGACAUCCGUAUGUCAGAAGAAAAAGUGUACAGUGCUUUACUCUAUCUCUUGCUGUACCAAGUUUUAUCGAAGUCUUUAGCCGCCAUGUUCUCGAUGAAGAUCUCGGCUUCCGCAUUUCACCCCAAAAAUCAACUGCGUGACAUUCAACAAAAGCAACGUGAAGAACACCUCCGGAACUACCCACCAGUAGAGAAUCGCGACGAAGUGAUCGAUCAAAGAGUUGACAUUGAGAUGAAUCCGAUGAAUAAUGGAACUCUAGUCUGA